GCACCAAAGCAUACACAGAGCUGAGAGGAGCAGCAGCAGCAGCAGCACAACAGAGCCCGAACGAAACGAAUUGUAGAAAAGGAAAAUGCGAGAGAGGCAAAACACAGAGAGCCAAAUUACAACAACGAUAACACACAAAUCAUGAGUGUGCUAUAGUGUAGUAGCUCGGGCCCGAGCGCUCUAGCUAGCAGCGCACGCUACAGAUGAAAAAGAAGAAGGAACAUAACACACAGUGAAAAAAAAAAUCCCCAUUUAAACCACUUUGGUUUGACUUUUCGUGUUUAGUAUGAAAUUGUUGUUCACUUGUUUCACUUCGUAGUUCGUGCCCGUGUUUAUCGGCGAUCUCUGUGUUUGGGAAAACUGUGUGUACGAACGCGGUAAAAAAAGAAUCAGUGCAAAUGAUUGUCAUUCUCGGUGUAUGAGAUUCGAUUGUAAAAAUUUUCAUUUGUUCGGCAUAUAAAAUACACUAUAUCAGUACAGACACACACAAUUUUGUUUUUUUUUCUUCGUUUGUCGUCGUCGUUUCGAUAUAUACAUAUAAUUUUUUUUUUUUUUGGUUUCGUCGUUAACCAUAUUUUUUGUUCGUCAGUUUUUGUUGGUUCAGUUCUGGCCAAAAUCGUGAAUGAUAAUAUUUUUGCUGGUAUUUUCCAUGUUUUCAUGUGCAUCGCACUUUGCGCGAGAAAAGCCUCUAAUUCGGAGUUAAACGGAAGAAAUUUAAACAACAAAUAAAUCAGCAUGUGUGCGCGCGUUUGCCGCCGCUUACUAUAAAUGUGUAUGUGAUGUGUGUUUACACAUGAUGCAAAGAGCGAACGAGAGAAAGAGAGAAAAAAAAGAGUAGAAAAGAAGAAAAAAAAAUUGAAUGUAUUUAUAUAAAAGCGCAAUAUACUUUGAAUUAACGCUAUAAGUGGAAAAUGAUCAUAACACACAUGUACAGCAAAAGUGCGACCGCCGUCGUAUGAAAGCCAUCGUUCGAGCAAAAAAACAACAACAAGAACAACAACAACAACCACAACGAAGCUAGCAGCGAGAAGAAAAAAAUAAGUGAAUAUGCAUGCGCACAUAAAUAAAAUUGAGAAAAUCAAAUACAAAUAAUGUUUCAAGAUAAAUCUAAUAAUGAUAAUGGUUUGAGCACCGAAGAAAAAAGAAAAAGAAGAAGAAGCAUAAUAUCGAGAAAGAGAAGCCUUCGUGUGUUGCUCUAAAUGAAUGCGCGUCGCGCGUAAUGCGUUGCGACUGAUCAACUUUAGUAAUAAUCUACAGAGAGAUUUUCGAGAGAGAGAGAGAGAGAGAGAGAGAGAGAGAGAGAGAGAGAAAAACGUAUAUUGAUUCGCCCCGCAGAAAAGCUGAAACCCAAGAGCCCGAAAAAAAGGAGUAAUCGCAUUAAAAUUAAACACGCGUAGUGCAUUGAUAAAAAGCAACAAUAACAAUAUUUAAUAACAAAUCGCGCGCGCAUAAGAAAUAUGUCUAGUGUGUGUACAUGAGCCCGUAGCAAGUUGAAGUGGAAGAAGGAAAAAAGACAUACAACGACAAUUCAACAUCAGCAAACGCAUAAAUAUAUAGACUAUCGAGAUAAAUAUAAUAAAACUAAUUGUACAAACGGUUCGGUUUGAGAGACAGAUAAUAGAGGUAAAAAGGAGUGAACGGGAGAAAAAACAAAAGCAAGAAUUACACACAUCAGCGACAGCGACAGCGACAACAACAACAACAACCGCAGUACCAAGUCAAAAAGAAGCUGUGGACUUUUGCCGUCGCACAGUGUGUGUGCACCAGUGACUGCCACACAGUGUCUGUUUGAUAUUCCAAAGCAAAAAAACAGCAUCGAUUCCAAGCCGUUGCAGCGAAUUCGUUGUCACCGUCGGUAGAGUUUUAUUGAAAAACCAAACACCAAAAAUGAGCGAACCAACUAUGAUAUAAAACACACAAAUUGCACUCGCUCUCUCACUGCACUCUGACAACUCACACAAAUUGACGGAUAGAAAACAAAACAAAACGAAAAAGAAAAAAACCAUCGCAAACAAUAACUGGGAAAAAAACGCAAUCAUCAAAUCGUCGUGUUUGUUUCUUUCAUUUGUUGCAUUUGUGCGAAAUUGCCACCACCAAAUACACCAAAAACUCCUAGCAAAUCUAACAAAAAUGGAAGCCGGAAUCAGAAUAUUACUUGGAAUUCUCUUCAUAACAACGACUAUCGACUCAGCUUUAACCCACGAAAGUAUAAUGGGACGAAGGGAGCCGUGCUCAAAUGAAGGCGAAGAAGUGGCAGUUGAUUCAAUCAAAGAUAUGAAAUGUUUCAAAUGUAUUUGUCAGAAUGGUUUUGUUGAAUGUGAACAGGAAAACUGUCCGGCCGUUGACGAUUGUUACAUGUUGGAAAAGAAGAACGGUUGCUGUGAAAAGUGCAAAGAAUGCAUCUACAAAGGUGAACGAUAUGCAAGUGGUGCCGAAUGGUCUGAUCCAGACGAUCCUUGUGCAAGUUUUAAGUGUGUGGCUGGUGUGGUUACGGAGUCGAAUAUGCAGUGCUACACACCAUGCAAUAAUCCGUUAUCACCGCGAAAAGGACAAUGUUGUUCAGCCUGUUUGGGAUGCAGCUUAAAUGGUCAAACCGUACAAGAUGGACGUGAGGUGACACUGAGCGAAGAUCCAUGUCUGAAGUGUUCGUGCUCUAAUCGACGAUUGACAUGCGUUAAAAAAGCAUGCCCCGUGCUACAGUGUCCACCAUCGAAACAAAUUAAACUGCCCGGCGAAUGUUGUCCCAAAUGCAGCGAAAAACGCACAAUCAAACCAUUUCCCGGCCGUUGUAUAUUGGGCAAAGGUUUUUAUGACGAUGGCAAACAUUACAGUCCCGAUAAAUGCUCGACAUGUACCUGCGUCAAUGGUACAUCGAUUUGUCGACGCGAAACUUGUCCCGUUCUCGAAUGUUCACCAACAUAUCAGAAACUAACACCAGGUGAAUGUUGCCCACAUUGUCCGCCUGUUGCCAAAGCCCGAUCCACCUGCACUUAUGACGGUAAAACUUAUCAGAAUAACGAUACAUGGAAUUUAGAUUCGUGUCGAUCGUGUCGUUGUCACGAAGGUGAAAUUCGAUGUGCACAAGCCAAAUGCCCGACUACAAAAUGUCGACCGAACGAAACGCUUGUCAAACCAGCCGGUCAGUGCUGUGCACGCUGCGAAGAGAGUGCCGGAACAUGUACCGUUUUCGGUGAUCCGCAUUAUAAAACAUUCGAUGGGAAAUUUUUCAGCUUUCAAGGUUCGUGCAAGUAUCAAUUGACUGCCGAUUGUAUGAAUCAAACAUUUUCCAUUCGAGUUACAAACGAUGCGCGCAGCACAAAAUCUUCGGCUUGGAUAAAAACGAUUACACUGAAAAUGCCCACCGUUCGUGUGAAUCUUGGACAGAAAAUGCGCGUUAAAGUGAAUGGAACGCGCGUUAUACCACCGUAUAAAUUCGAAAAUAUGCUGGACAUUCAGCGCACAGACGAAGGAAUCAGUGUUGUCACUGAGAUUGGCAUUAAUCUCCUGUGGGAUGGCAGUAAUUUUCUGCAAGUUCAAGCAGCCACCUCGUAUAAAAAGAAACUUUGCGGCUUGUGUGGCAAUUAUAACAAUGUGUAUCGAGACGAUUUAACAUCAAGGCGUGGCAUCAAUUACACCGAUGAUGAAGUGUGGCGUUUUGCCAAUUCCUGGAAAGUCGGCGGUAUCAAAGCGUGUUCGCGUAAGCAUGAAAAUCUCGCAAAAACGCCAAUAUGUCGACUGAAAAAAGGCGGCCAAUUUUGCAAACCACUGCGAGAAUCGGAUAUUUUCGAUGACUGUGUCAGCCGUUUGAAUCCUGAACAUUAUUUCGAAUCGUGUCGAAAGGAUAUGUGCGAAUGUCCAUCGGGUAGAUGCUAUUGUGACAGUUUUGCCGCCUAUGCACAUGAAUGCAAACGUGUCGGUGGUUUUGUGUUGGACAAUUGGCGACGUCAAACUGGUUGUGAACACAAUUCAACCGGGCCAGCUCACAAUUUCAAUCGUUGGCUAACCACAAGCCAGGCAACCAAUCAACAAUUGGCCGCACACAAUAAAUUACAUCGAAAUCGACAGAAAAUGCGUUUUCGAUUGCAUCAUCAUGGCAGCAAUCCGAUGCGAUUCCAUCAUCUCAAUCGAAAGCAGCAGCAGCAGCAGCAGCAACAGCAUUUCCCAGUGUUACAAUUCGGGCUGGACAGUCCGAAUUUUCCACUUCGAUCGCAUGAUCAAGAGCAAUUGAUCCUAUCACAGCACGUUCCACGUGAGCUGCGUUUACAAAAUCACAGCCGAACACCACCGCCCCUAGUAUAAUGACCGAUUUUGUGUGUGAUUCACAAAUGAUGUUAAAUUAUUAGUUGUAAUGUGCGUUUUUUUUUCUUUCGUUUGUUCCUGGGUAUUUGCAACAAAAUGAAGAAGAAAAAAAACCAAACUAACACACCGAGCACGAUAUUCGUUGCUCGCACGAAUCUAUAUAUAAAUCGCCCAACCGUGGUUGCAUGUCGAUGCAACUCAUCCUCUCAGCAUUGAUCGAACCAAAUGUAUGAAUGAGCUCACUAAAUCUUUAAAGUCUCAAGUAACAAUAACACAACAAAAAAAAAUGAUACGAACUACUUUAAAACAAAAAACAAAGCAUGUUGAGGUUUUAUUUCUACUACUUCGUUUUUUUUUUCUGGAGAGAGAGUUGAGAGAUAGUUAAACGAAUAAUUAGAAAAAAAAUAUUAGUUAAAUUUGGAUUUAUUUAAAGAAUCAUAAUUUCGUCGGUCAUUUUAGGAUUGAUUAUUAUUAUUAUUUUUGAAACUAGUUUUUCUUUGACCAUUUCAUUCCAUGAUGUUGGAUCGCAUUGAAUGCGUUUGUUUUCGAGUUUUUUUUUAAAAUAAAUUUUCUGUAACGGAUCCAUUCGACUUCAGUGUGAACAAAUGGAAUGCAAUUUGUCAAAGGAAUUAUUACCAGCAUUACAAAUUUGAUCAUGCGUUCAUAAAAUUGUUACAUUCUGUGUUGCAAACGAAGAAGAAGAAGAAAAAAAUUGAAAAUUGUUCACUAAAUGUUAGUAAUUAAGCACUUUACAGUCCAAUUUCAUUGAAUAUCAUCAUACACGAAAGAAGAAAAAACAAAAUUGUCAUUGUUGUCGAAUGAAAAAUUUAAUGGAAUUUACGUUCAAACAUGCAUCGAACCAUAUACACACAUAUAUCCUAUAUAGGGAAACUAAAAACAAACACAACAAUUUUGACUGAUGAAUUGCCAUAGUCUGUAGUUCAAUACGAAUUCCUUUUAGGGACAAAUGAGAAGAAUUAUUAUUAGUAAGAAAUCGAAAUAUCGACCGGAUAUGCGUACAACACCCAACACAUAGCACACAGGACAUACACAUACAGAAUAGCAAAAACCAGUUAAUCUUUCUCAGAUUGUAAUAUGUUGUAAUGAAUAGUUAAUGUGACACACAGUCUGGCUGUCACCGAUAGAAAUACUCAAGCACAAAACCAGGUAAAAUGAGUCAAUUUGCGGGCAAAUCGCCGGUUUUUCCUCUGUCUUUCUCUUUAAGGUGUAUGUGUGUGUGUGUGUGCGCGAGCACGCUUUUCGGAAAAUGAUGAUCACCAAGGUAUUUCGUGCUCUCUAACAUUAGAGAAAAAAAUCAGUUGUUUUCUUUUAAAUUUAAUUUUCUAUUAGAUGCGUUCAUUGUGUGAACGAUUGAUCUUUACCGAACCAAACAAUUCAACACUUUUGACAAGUUCUUGAAAUUAUUCAACUUUCUUAUUUAACUUACACACACAUAUAUUUGCCCAAUUUUCCACACCGUCGACUUCCAUGCGUUUUCGCUAGAUUGAAUUUAUUAAGUCCAUUGCACACAAUUGACACGUCGAAAUGUACAGUGAGUUUAAGCAGCGUCGCUGUAUUUUGUAUAUAUUGAUGUAUUUUUGUUCGAUUUUUUGAACAGUUUGAAAAUUAAACCGGAACAGAAGCAAAACUGGAAAAUAGCAAAUGUCUCUUCAAUUCAGUUGUCGAAUUCAUGAGUGCAUGUUUUUUGGUUGUGGAUUUGCACAUUUUCCGUGGCAGACACACACACACACACACAUACCGAUUUUUUUUUUUAUUUUUACAUUUGUGGAAGAAGAAAAAAGUUCCGAAAUUCUAGUUGUGAAAAUGUGUUAAUUUUCAAUAUUAAUUGUGUUUAUGCCACACAUACAUACCUUUUUGCCCAUCACACAUUGACCCAUGCAUAUAAACACAUACAACAUUUCGAUCGUGUCCCGCAUUGCACAUAAACACUUGAGCCAUUUAUCUCUUCUCAAUCAAGUGUUUCGGCUUGAUUUACAAUCGAUCGAUCUUCGGGAUCGGUUCGAUUCAAACUCCUGAAAAAUCGAAACAAAAUUCUACGAGGAAAAAAAGAACAAAAUGAGUACGAAGCAAAAAUAAACAUUCUCAGUAAUUUGUCUUAGUUUAAAAAAAAAGAAGGAAAUUUCUUUGAAAAAUUCAAUCCAUUAGUUGUUAGAAGAAAGAAGUGAAUUAAGUGUACAUUUAUGUAAGAAGAAUUAUUUGCCAGAGAAAGAGAGAGAAAGAGAUAUAGCUAAAUGGAAACACACACACAUACAUACAACACACAUACAUACAACACACAUACACACAACGACCAAGUAUUACUAUUUAUUAGGACAAUCGUUUACAUUUCUUUCGUUUAUUUUUUUUUGUGUCUUCUGUAUAACUAUUGUAUUUUUGUGAUUUUAAUUUAUUACAAUUUAAUUAUAAUUAUGUAUUUUUUUUAAUUCUAAUUCGCAUCGUAAUUUAGCAGCGAUAAUAAUUUCGUAUGUAGUGAAACAAAAAAACAAGAAGAAAAUGGUUCAUUUAUAUAUUGAUUCAGGUUUGGGAGUAGAGUGUGUUCUAUUUUCUGUGGUUUUUGGAAUAGCAAACACAAACACAGAAUAGGAAUUAGAUGCAGUAAUAAACACACGAAUGAUAAUGAUAUAAAUGCGAGUUUGUUAUAAAACACGUUCCAAUAUGUGAUUCGAUUGAUGUUUGUAACGUAUGCACGAUUUUACUUAAUUUUCCUAUUGAGCGACUGUAUCGAGGCUUAUGCAACCUUAAAUUAAUAAAGAUGAAAAGGAAUACAACAGAAAGAAGAACAACAAUGAAACAAUACAAUUAAUAAUUCAAAUAUUAAUCGUAAUAAAUUCUAUAAUAUUUAUGUAUGUAUGUAUGUUAAUGAAUUUAGAAUUUAGAUAUUACACAACAACAACAACAACAAAACACCUUUAUUAUUAUUAUAAUAACUAAUUUAAUGAUAACGAAUAAUUUAACAAAAUGAAUCUUAAGAUGAAUUUAAACAAUUCCAGUGGUGUAUGUUUGGAUGAGCAAAUUAAACCUCUCUGAUAUAUAAAUUAUUAUUAUUGUAAACGCCUCCCAAAUUUGACAUAUUACAACACACAACUACAAGGAAUACCAAAUUGCUUUGAAAACAUAAACAUUUGAAAUAUUGGAGCCAGUCGCAUUUAACAAAAGACCAACACAUAUAUACAUACAUACACAUACACUCACAUUCACUCACAUACACUCAUGCACACAUAUACGAUACAUAUAAAAAUGAAAGUAAAAUUAUGUAAACAUCAUGAAAGAAUCGCCAAAAAUUGUACUUAAUUAAUUCCAUAGAUUAAAUGAUCUUUGUGUAAAAGAAAAA